AUAUUUAAAAACAUUUAUUAUUAACAAUAGUUUUAAAAACGUUCUUGAAAAGCUUUUAAUUUAUUUUAAUUUAAAAAAAAAAAUUCAUAUCUUAAAAUAUGGAAAUUGCUGUAAAAUUGUGUUUUGGACUUAUAUUAGUCUUAUUCAAUUCUAAUAGACUUGUAGAUGCUCUAUCUUGUCCUUGUCACAAUCUUCCGAAUAAAUGUUCGACGCCUACGCCGACGGAUUGCAAAGGCGACAUAACUAAGGACGCUUGUGGAUGUUGCGAUGUUUGCGCAAAGGUGAAAGAUGAAGAGUGUGGGGGGCCAUUUCGAACAUCGGGCAAAUGUUCUAGAGGAUUCAUAUGUAAAUACGAAAGCUACGAAGAGCCGCUUCAAUCAAAAGGGAUAUGCAUAACCGAAUACCCAAAAGAGGAAGGAGAACCAUGCGGUGAAUAUUGGACACAAGGCCAUUGCAAACAAGGAUUCAAAUGUCAACAGCCGAAUCAGUACAGCAUAGGAAAAUGCCUCAAAGAUUCAUAAGAAUUAUUUUUUUUCAAAAAAAGAAGAAAUUUAAUUUAAAAAUUACAAAAUAAUUGCCUUAUUUCAAUUUAUAAUUUGUGCUUUAUAUCAUUCAUAUAUGUAUAAAUAUAUAUAUACAAGUUUUCAGUAAAUACUGCAUAAAUCAAUUUCAACAUUCUUAUACAA